CGGAGCUGCCGCCCGCGCGGGGCUCGCUGAGGCGCUGGACCGGGCCGGACCGGGCCAGAGGAGCCCCCCCGGGGGUCCAGAGGGCGAGGAGCCGGCUGCCGGUUGCCCUUCGUGGAGGGAGUGGGGUUCCCGAGGCCGGUAGAGAGGUGCCGGGAGGCCCGGAGGCCUGCCGGGGUGUCUCGGAGCCUGGCGGCGGUCGCGGUGAGGAGGUCGCUUUCUUGUCGUCGUGGCUGAGCCGAAAAUAUCUCCUGCUGGGCAGCACGUUGGAAACUUCUUCUUUCACAAACUUCUCACUCAACAGCAGCCCCUUAAGACAUGGCCUCGAAAAGAGCAUUGGUAAUUCUAGCAAAAGGGGCAGAGGAAAUGGAAACUGUAAUCCCUACUGAUAUUAUGAGAAGAGCUGGGAUCAAGGUGACUGUUGCAGGCCUAACAGGAAAAGAUCCAGUGCAGUGCAGUCGAGAUGUCUUCAUUUGUCCUGAUGCCAGUCUAGAAGAUGCAAGAAAAGAGGGGCCUUACGAUGUCAUUGUCCUGCCUGGAGGUAACCUCGGUGCUCAAAACUUGUCAGAGUCUUCUGCUGUUAAAGACAUUUUGAAGGAUCAGGAAAGCAGAAAAGGCCUGAUUGCUGCUAUAUGUGCAGGUCCUACUGCCCUUCUGGCACAUGGGAUAGGGUUUGGAAGCAAAGUCACAACACAUCCCUUGGCCAAAGAUAAAAUGAUGAAUGGAGCUCACUACUGCUACUCCGAGAGCCGCGUGGAGAAAGAUGGGAACAUCCUCACCAGCCGUGGCCCUGGUACCAGCUUUGAGUUUGGGUUGGCCAUUGUUGAAACACUGAUGGGGAAGGAAGUGGCCGAACAGGUGAAGGCACCCCUAGUAUUGAAAGAGUGAAGAGUUGGUGUGGGACAGGGAUUAGAACAAUUUCAGAAGGAGAAUCUUAUCCUUUGUAGAAUAACAAAAAGAUGCACUGUUGUAAAUCCCAUUUAAUUGCGGUUGAAAUUAGCAGCAGUACUCACCUGUAUUGGGACGUCUUACAAACUAGUGGUCUUUGUUCCUGGAUCCUGUUAGCAAAAAGCUUUAUCACUAAAAAGAAGCCAGCUUUUAAUAAUCUUAUCUCUUGGAUGGCAUUUAAAAAUCACAUGGACAAAUGUUUAGUGAUAAAUAAAAAUGAAGCAACUCUG